GGUUAGGGCACGCGCAAGGCCUGUUUCUUUGCUCUAUGCAUGCUUGAAUGCACAAACGUAUGGACGUUAUAUUCGGCUGUACAUAUUGCAGUCACCUCACGCAGGCAUGCAUUGCACUGGGAAUUGCAGUACACUCGCCCCUAAGUCACAUUCCUACCUUGGUCGCACCGGCAGUAAUACCCACUUGGAUUUAUGAUAAGCGAUACGUAGCUGUGACGUGUUGCGAUUGCUUUGUGUUUUAGCGAUUUGUUUCCGGUUGGUGCGUGAACGUGCGUCAUUACCGUUUCCAUCCCUACAACCAAGCAAGGGCCUUGACACCUCAAUUAUUGCGCGCAUCCGACAGGAUAGGGACACGCUGCUAGGAACAACCCAGGAGUUUCUAGGAGUUGGACAGGGACGGCGGGCUGGUGAGGAUGCGUGGCUCCACGGUCCACACCCAGCAGAAUCCACCUACCUGACUAGGCUGACCCUCUCGUGGCACGUAAUAGUUUUGGGCGUAUGGCUGCUUAGGAGGUACGGAGACAGAUGCAGAGGGCAGUAUAUGUAUGGGGGCGACGACCAGGGGCUGCACCGAUUGCAGCAACCGGCAGGAAAUAAACCCCGAGGCACGUACGCCCCGAUCGCGAGGCACGGCAUUCGACUGAAAAUUCUUACAAGCUUCUAUAGACGGUUGCAAAGUCGCAUCAGGAAAGCAUUUGAAGAGUUGGCUUAAAAUGCUCGACGCAGUUGUCCUGCUCCUCGUGCUCCUGUUCAUGGUCAAGUUCGUGUGCGCGUUUGUGCAUGCGCUGAAGGAAUGCAGGGGGGAGCUAAGUCGGGUGUACCUGAAACCGAGGCCGGGUGAACAGAGGAGCUACGUGGCGGUCUUCAAAUGCGACCUGCUCCCGCUGACCGCCAGGGGCGUGUCGCGGGAGGAGCUUCAAGGUGUCAUCGAUUACAUCGUCGGGCUUUUGAAGAAAUGCCCUCAACUCAAGAUCGAUCGUGUUCAUAAUGGGGGCAGCUUUGGUCGCCGCACCAUGGUCCGUGGGGCCUUCGAUGUGGACUUGACGGUGUUUGUGAAUGAGUUCAGGGGCCGCCAGCUCAGCUACAUGGCCGGGGACUGGAGCGACGGUAUGCAGCGCGAGAUGCAGCGGGCCGUAGCGAACUUGCUGCGUGACCAGGGACUGCGCAACCACGUGUUGGAAGUGGAGCACGGCACGCACUACAAGCAUUGCGUCAACCUCACUGCGCGCGUGAUGAGCGUCGGUGGCAACAAGAUGGAGGCGGUGGAUAUGGACAUAAAGCUGGCACCCAACGUGGUGCAGGGCAGCCAGGUGGCCGACCGCGGCAAGGCGCAGCGCGACGUGCUGAUGGCUGAUGUGUUGAGACAGCCAGCAAGGUUUUGGUUUUGGAGCCGGCCGCCGCCGAAACCUGAUGCGGACCCGGUGCGGGAGGCGGCGCUGGCGGAGGCGCUGACGGCGGUGGUCGUGCGCAUCUCUGACCGUGUCAAGGCGGUUGUCAGGCUGCUCAAGUGCUGGUACAAGUACGGCCUGCAGGCGGAGAUCCCGAACGUGCCCAGCGUGCUGCUCGAGACAGUGGUGCUGGCGGCGGCGCAGCGUUUGGACAUGAGCAAGCAUGAGGCGGAGGUGUCUCUGUUCCUGGCGGCCCUGGAGUUGCUGGACGCGGCCGUGACCCGCCGGGAGGUGGUGGUGCUGGAGGCGGGGCCGGUGUGGGGCUACACCCGGGCGCAGGCGGAGAGCUGCAGGCACGUGUGGCGGAAUGACCCCGUGGUGGUGCUGCACCCCAUCGACCCCACCUGCAACCUGGCGGCGGCCGGCCGGACCAUCCACUGGCACCGGCUGGCCAGCAAGGCGCGGGCCCUGCGUCGGGUGGUGCUGCACGAUAGCAUGCAUGACCUGCUGGUUUGCAGCUCUCUGGCGCCCGCCGUUGCGGCCAUGUUUCAAAGUGGGAGGGACUUCUGAGCUUGCUUCUGAGCUCCACCUGGGCAUUUCUGGGGGUGCAUUCUUGCCGCGUGGGGCUGCAUACGGUCCCCGAAUCUCGCCAUGUGCCCCUUUCUGGGGGUUGGGGGGGGGAGGCGGAGCCCACUCAAACGCUAAGAACUACGCAAUUUUUGGCCCCUGGAUGUCGUGGGCAAGAACGUGGUUAGGGCACUUCUCGCCAGCGGCGGCGGCCUAACCCUGGAACAGGCAACACCCCUGCUCGUGCUUGUCUUUCGCUGGUGUUUUAGAAUCUAGAGCAGCGUCAGAUAGACCCUCGAGGGCGGGAGCGCCUGCCUACCGCUGCAUUGCGGUACUAGGGCGGGUUUGAAUUACGGGGACCGCUUGAAUGGAUGGUACUCAUGUCGAUGGCUGCGGACAUGCCUGUGGAUUGGCAGAAUUGCAGUGUGCCCGCCCACCGCCCGCCGCCGCCACCAGCACAAACCCGACUGAGAUAUCUGUAGAGGGUGCGCUCGGAGUGGACCUAGGAUGGCCUGCUGCGCGCUGCCAUGCAUGACUUCGGCUGCGCUGAUGUCACGGUGUGCGUCUGGGGUGCCCCUGGCGUGUGUGUGUAUGUGUGUGUGUGUGUGUGUGUUGAGGCACGGUGGCACGGUGCAUGUAUGGGCCGCGGGAGCCUCCGUGCAGCUGUCAGGCAGCACGCAGCGUUGACAUACGCUAACAGACAAACACAGAUGAACUUGUAAUGUUUGGGAUUU